AUGGAUGUCCUUCGUCUAAGUGUUCUGUCAAUUCUGUUUAGGAUUACUCGAGCGAAGUUUGUAGACGGCAGACAGCAAGCAAAUUGGGCGACAGUUGCCAAUAUCAUACCUGUUGUUGGACCAGAAGAUGUGACUUCAACGCCAAUUCCACUUAAAGCGCAGAGGCCUGAACCACAAAUGUUUAAAUCAUCGCUAACCUGUCCUCCGACUUCGCCUCCACGAAAAGAACCGAAACCGGCGUCACAGAAACCGUCAAUUCCGCCACAGCAGAAAAAAGAGAUAAAACAGGGGAUAGGCGAGGUGUAUGGUGUUCGGCCUGAAAAACCAGAUUUGAUCCCGAUAACGUCCGCUAAGUCAGUAUCACCCGCGCUUCAAGCGACUCAACGUGAAGAUAUCGUGCCCUCCGAUGAGAUGAAAACUGCUGCGCUUAUGUCACCUCCGAAAGAAGCCAUGGCACCACAACUAAGUCAACAACCUGUGUGCCAGUUUGAUGCUCUUCAAACUCCCCAACCGUCAACUGAACCACGUCCAUCGCUCCCGUCAGUAUUUCCGUCAGCGCCAACAACGAAGUCUGCACCACAACCACAACAACCACCGUCAUCAUCAAUCAAAGUAGAGGUGCCACCACUUUCACAACCCCUUAAAGCACUGCCACCACCACCAGUUACAACCCAGCAAACCGUAUCCGACAAUUUACGCGUUAAUAUUGACGAAAUUUUACGUCUUGGGGCGAUUAUGGAACGGAGAGGACUGAGCACAGAUAAGAAGAUGUCGUUCGAGUGGAUUGCACUAAAUCGUCAUGUCAUCCAAAAACAACCGGAAGCAUUCGCCGCACAUCUUGUCACAGCUGUGGGAGACGUACGACUAGAGAGAAAAAAAUGUACACCGGCUGGUUUCAGAUCGUUAGCAUGUGAUGCGUUAAACGUGCUGAUGUAUCAGCGCACGAUCUCACCAGAUGAAUAUCUACGACUGUGUCAGCAACUGGAGAGCUCACAACAGAUCACCAUCGGCAUCCUGGCUCAACUUCUUCGCACUAACACUCAAUUUUACAACAGCCUCGUAACACACAACCUGUACUAA